GGGGAGACAGAUGGAAGAGAAGUGUAGUUCAUGGUAAAAGCUACAACGUGGAUAUGUGUGUGAGGCAGUGGCUCUGGGAUACAGAGGAAUAGAGGAGAGAGCACGAGAUGCUGACAGAUUCCUGAUAGAUGUGCAAAAUGGCGCAAGCAAGUUCUACCCCUGCGAGCCACCAAUUGUUGUAGCUCGGAACAUGAAGAGCUAGCCGUAUGUCUGUUUUCUUCUGAUCGCAUCACGUUGUUUUUUCAAGUAUCGUAAUAUAUUUCAAAGUGAUUAAAUGGCUACCAGAAGGCUCUGCCUUGUUCCAUGCAUGUUUGGAUUACUCCUCAACGCUUUAGUCGGUGUGACAUCGGGAGCAGAGCUCUCCUUCACCCUGGAGCCCAGUGACAUCAUCGCGGUGCAGGAGCAGCCCCUCAUGCUGCACUGUCAGGUGGACGGUAUCCCACCAAUCACCACGCAGUGGAGGAGGAACGGAAUCCUCCUGGUGGAUGACCAAUACUACACCAUGUUCCACAACGGCACUCUGCUGAUUGGACGCUUCCAGAGGACCAAGUCUCACGGCUCAACUGAUGAAGGGGAUUAUGAGUGUGUGGGCCAGAACUCCUUUGGUCUGGUGGUGAGCCGCAGAGCCAGGGUGCAGGCCGCCACGAUGGCGGAGUUCCAUGUCCAGCCGCGGUCCGUGCGUGCGGAGGAGGCAGGCGUUGGGCGGUUCCAGUGCCAGAUUCACGGCCUGCCUGAGCCUGCCAUCAGCUGGGAGAAAGAUGGCCGCUCCGUGGACACUAAGGAUGAGAGGUACAGUAAACCCACUAUCUGUCUUUCUCUUUCCCCUGCGUCUGCCACAGCCCCAGCAGAGUUUGUGCAGCCUCCCCAGUCCAUCUCCCGGCCGGUGGGCACCACUGCUAUCUUCACCUGCCAGGCGCAGGGCGACCCUGUGCCCCAGCUCACCUGGCURAAGAACGGGCAGAUCCUGGAGCCUGGAGGGCACGUCAAACUCAGGAACAACAACACCACGCUGACCAUCUAUGGCAUCAGUCAGGAGGACGAAGCCAUCUACCAGUGCAUCGCUGAGAACAGUGCCGGCUCCACCCAGGCCAGUGCCCGUCUCACCGUGCUGUGGGCAGACGGCCUGCCAGGGAUGCCCAGUCUGGUGCGGGCCGAGGCCCURUCACCCAACGCCAUCCAGGUGUCCUGGAAGGAGUCUGCCCAGAACACUCAGGAGAUCAUCGGCUACGUGCUCCACAUCCGCAGGACCACAGACCCCGUGGAGAUGGAGUACCAGGAAGCCGUCAGUAAGGUGACUCUACAGCAGGUAGUGGGUGAUCUGGAGCCCUCCACCAGCUAUACCUUCUAUGUGAAGGCCUACACGUCCCGCGGAGCCAGCAAGCCCUCCGAGAGCGCCACCGAGAGCACACUUGGCGAAGUGCCAGCACCCCCGUCACUAUUCAUUAAAUUGAUGAACAGCAGUGUGGUGCAGGCGGUGUGGGAGCCAUCCUCUAAGAUGGGCCAACAUGAGGGCUUCAGGCUGUACUACAGGAGGGUCCACACCCCCCUCUUCACCGGACCACUCACCUUCACCCGCAACGUCACCCAGUACAACAUCACUCAGCUGGAUCCAACCAUGGUGUAUGAGAUUAAGGUUCUGGCCUUCAACCAACACGGAGACGGCAACGCCACCAUGCGCUUCGUCUCACUGAARGAGGCUGUGGAGAAAUCAGUGCUGAACACCCCCUGUGACUGUGUGAAAGAUGAACAGAGCAAGACCUCUACAACCGGCAUCAUCAUCGGCAUCCAUAUAGGAGUCACCUGCAUCGUGUUCUGCAUGCUCUUCCUCAUGUUCAGCUACAGGGGGAGGUUGAUGACGUGUAAGACAGUGCAGGCCACCCCCCAGGCCGGGCGUAACAUUGCCCUGGAGUUGUCGUCCUCCUCCCAGGGUGCCCUGGCCUUAAACGGGGUGAGCAGAUCAGGCAUGGAAGGGAACGGCAGCCUUGCUGGGAAGAGCAGGGGAGACAGCAACGAGCUGGAGAGACUCUUCUCAGGCCCGUCCCACUGUGGAGACCUAGCUGACAGUUCACGCAUGUUGGAUAGAUCCCUGGUGUCCUGUGCGCUGAACGAGACCCAGUUGUCCACUCUUCCGCUGGAUGACUUCAGCCUUGUGGUGGAGGACAGAGAGACGCAGUUCCAGAGGCCUCCAGCAGAGGGCUGGGGGGCCAGUGACAGGGCUGUGGCCGGGGUCACCCAGCAGGACCAGACCUGAAAGAAGCAUGAAGGUCAAGUCUGUGACACGGUCACAGUGUCAC